UUGAAAUGCAAUUGGAAGAGUUUGGUCGUCAAUUAUCAGUGAUCCAUUUUGCAGUGAAGGCACGGCCUUCCUUUAUUUCUCUCUCCGCCUCUUCAGGUUAAAAUAGAAUUUGAAGGAAGAUGGGGUUGUUGUCUCUAUUGGAGGUGGCAUCCAUGCCCAAUAUACAAGUCCUCCUUAUUUGUUUGUUGGGAGCUUUCUUAGCCACUGAUUAUUGCAACAUUCUUCCUCCCCAUGCUAGAACUUCUCUUAAUAAGAUUGUGUUUGGUGUUUUCACUCCCUGUCUCAUGUUUGCAAAUUUGUCCAAGACUGUCACAUUUGAAGACAUUAUUUCAUGGUGGUUCAUGCCGGUGAAUAUUGGUUUUACGUUUUUAUUUGGAGGAAUAUUGGGAUGGAUGAUUGUGAAAAUCUUCAAACCAAAGCCAUAUCUUGAAGGCCUGAUCGUGGCUUCCUCUGCUACUGGGAACUUGGGAAACCUUCUUCUGAUCAUAAUCCCUGCCAUCUGUGCGGAGAAGGGGAACCCUUUUGGCGAUCAUGACACGUGUUCUUCUCGUGGACUCUCUUACGCAUCCUUUUCCAUGGCGCUAGGGGGUUUUUACAUAUGGACUUACAGUUACCACCUGGUAAAAAAAUCCUCCUUACGCCUCAAAGAAUUUGAAGAAUUGGCAUCCCCCGAGCAGCGCGGCGAUGAUUAUUUGCAGAGUCAUCUUCUGCCUCAAAAAGCUGCAGGUGAAGACGACGUCGUUCCUUCUACCAAUAAGCUCGCACUAAAAGAGAUUGAAUCCCAAGAAGCAGGCGUCCCCAUUCUAGAGAAAGAGUCAGAGAAAUUAGGCGUAAUGGUAUUGGGUAAAUUACAACAAAUGUUUCACGGUAUCAUGAAGGAGUUGAUGGAACCACCCACAUUAGGAGCUAUUGUUGGAUUUAUCUUCGGAGCGGUGACGUGGCUGAGAGAUCUACUAGUUGGGGAGAGUGCUCCAUUGCGAGUAGUCCAGGAUGCUGUGAAACUACUGGGCGACGGAACAAUCCCAAGCACGACGCUGAUCCUAGGGGCGAACCUGACACAGGGGCUACGGUCGUCGCGAGUGAAGCCAGUGAUCAUCCUGGCGCUGGUUGUAGCGCGAUACGUUGCUCUCCCUGCAAUAGGAAUAGUGAUAGUGAAAGCGGCGAGAGGGUUGGGGUUUCUGCCGCCGGACCCCAUGUACCAAUUCUUGUUGAUGGUUCAGUACACUCUCCCUCCAGCCAUGUCCAUCGGCAUUAUGACCCAGCUCUUUGGUGUGGCUCAAGAGGAAUGCUCUGUUAUUAUGUUCUGGACCUAUUCAGCUGCUGCCGUUGCGCUCGCUCUUUGGUAUGCACUUUUCAUGUGGAUUUUGUCUACCUAAUUUUCAUUUUUACUACCUUUAUACUGUUUAUACCAUUGUAAUGCAACCCAUAUACUUUAUGUGGGGCCUAUUUGGAGAUGAUGUUUCCAGUGGCUGUGAGUUCAAUUAGUUUUUGUGAGAUCAAGUGAGUGCUUGUAAUUAAUUAGCUUUCUUCAUUUAUAUUUGGUGGUAACUGCUGCACAUAUUAUAUUGUAAAUAUUGGAUGGAUAAAAAUAUACCUUCCUUGUCACAUCACA